AUGUCUCCAUUCCCUACGAGACAGCUCGGGAGGUUGUCUCUUGGUGAGAAUAUGCCCACAAACCGUUCUCAGACUCACCGAUCACGACGACAACGACGUUCUGGGCUACCUCCGGUUUCUGAUCCUGCACCUACGCGCAAUUCACCUACGCGCAAUACUUCUGCGUCAAGACGGAGACUUUCUCUUCGUGCGAAUCGGAGACACGAAGGGGAAGGACGGUGGGGACGGGCUAGAAGAGGUAACAAAAAUAACCAAGAGCAAAGAGCAGAGGCCGACAUUGAACUAGAAAAUGAGAUUAAUUCUCAGGGUGACAACGACAGUGACGACGAAGAAGAGGAAGAGGAGAGCAGCCCAGACACAAUGGCGUCCAUGAUUCUCGCGGCAAAAUCAAAAAUUGUAUACGAUAUUGAAAACCUAGAGCUUGAGUCAAGAGCCCGAGCAUUAGCGGGUUUAACAGGUCAUUUUGACGUGGUAUACUGUCGGGAGAAUUCUCCCUUUUACGAAUUUCAGCUCAUCGAGCGUCCUCGAAUCCGUAUACGAGAUGGAGGAGCCGAAUGUACAUGUUCGGAGUAUAUUAAUCGGCCGGAUAUGGCUUGCCGUCACAUAUUUUGGCUCGUAGACCAGGUAUAUGACAGCAUCUCACCUCAUAACCCGCCUCCAGGGUUACCGCUAUCUAGAGAUGGGGUUUCUCCAACACUACCUCCUCUACACACUCUUCUACAAGACCGCCUAGAAUCUCUAGCAAACCAUCUAGAAUGGCCUUUUAUCCCCGAGAGCGAACGAACUGCCAGGACCAGUAGCGGAGAGACCAUUGCUGGCGGUUUAUCGCGACAGGAACAAGUCCGCGAUAUCAUGUCCGCGUUCAACAAAGUGACUCUGCCGGAAGACUUCCGAAAGGAAUUGGUAGAAUCGAGCUCAACACCGACACCUCGUACACCAGAACAAUGCGUCGUACAGGGGGAUUUCGAAGCAACCAUCUUCCGACUUGCGGUCCAUGACGAUAAUGUCUACAGUAGUAUCCGCAAGGCAAUGCCGGCCGGAGCCUGCGCGGCCAUUUAUUUCGACAAGGUCCAUCAAAAGUCCCGGAAUCUGCUGAUGCAAUUUGACGAAUAUCGACGAACGGGAAGACUGCCCAGUGGAAGUGACAGACAACCAUCACUGGACAACGUCAGCGAAGUUGCCAGAGAACUGCGACGGCACGUAGCUCAAAUCCGGAAUAAUCUCCUGGCUCGAAUACCGUAUGGAACAAAAGGCGCGGCAGAAGCACUAAUCACGUUGCUCCAAGAAGUGAGUGCGCGAAACAUCGAUGCGUUCGAGAACAAGUCUUGGGGUAGGGUGGCGCCUCCCGGUGAGGAUGACGAUGAUCGAAAUCUGUAUGAGCAAUUGAUAGGACAGAGCGCCAGCGACGACGAUGGAAAGAGGGGAGAAGGGGAAGGAGGAAUGUUCAUAUUAGACGUUUUGGAGGAAGUUCCUGCAUCCGUGCUUGAGUCGUAUGUACCGAAUUUGCGUGACAUUCUGGCUAAAGUCGAGAUUAUACCAGCUCCGCCUUCGUUCCUGCUCAAGUUGAAGUCAUUGAUACAUGAUGCACAGUCCAGUGGUACACAAGCUCGUGGGAAAAGACCGGCUACAUCGGAAGCUGGUGGAAGUCAGAAACGGACGCGAUAG